GGCUGCUUCUAAAUUUGGUCAAAGAAGUCAUACAACAGCCUUGUUCUUAGAGCUGGAACGGGAGUGCUCAGCGGACGCUACCUCUCAAUUCCAUGGGAUCGAGCUUUGCUGUCUCAGAAUAUGCAAAAUGGACACCAACAAUGUAGCUAUACCUUUCUAAAAUAGAGUUCGACUGACAAGAAGACUGGCUUAUUAUAAAGCAAAUAAUGAAGCACGCGGAAUAAUGAAAAUUCAUGCAUAUAUAUUAUAAAUAGUGACAAAGAAACGGAAGAACAUUCAGCAGGACAUAAGGAUUACUUUUUAAGACCGACAAAGAAUUUUUAAGGGGGUUGGAAUCCCACAAGAUUUUUUUUUUACUACCCAGAUCAAUUGCAGCGUAGCAACACUGCCGCACGGUAGCUAAUAGGGGCGCUCGCUAGGACACUGUCGACUGUGUGAAUCGCUGCUGGAAAACUUUGGCUUCUUACAGAAAUGUAAUGCGCCGUCCGUGAGACAUUUCAGCGGAAGAAUGUCGCGCCGUCCUUCGCGAAGAGACACCGCCGUAGGAUAUAGCGUGCUGCCUCGGAAAGUGUAGGGCAGAUCGCACUUAGCCAGCUAGCUAAAGCGAGAGAGCCCGGUGUCAGCGAGCUAAAGCCGUGAAAUUUAUGCGCACACGGCGCAUGUGAUCGCCCUGCUCCCCCCUCAUCUCUCUUUCUUUUUCGCGUAUUGUUGUGGAAAUAAAAAAGAUAUUUUGAUGAUUCGAGAUCUGAGCAAGAUGUACCCGCAGGCACGGCAUCCGGCUCCUCACCAACCUGCCCAGCCUUUCAAAUUUACCAUAUCGGAGUCCUGCGACCGUAUUAAAGAGGAGUUCCAGUUUCUGCAGGCUCAGUACCACAGCCUGAAGCUGGAGUGUGAAAAACUGGCCAGCGAGAAGACGGAGAUGCAGAGACACUACGUCAUGUACUAUGAGAUGUCCUAUGGGCUCAACAUCGAGAUGCACAAGCAGGCAGAUGGUCUCGCUCGCCGCUCCCUGGCAGCCCGGGAACAGGAAGCGGCCAUUAAUCCAACUAUGGGCUUCAUGUUCAUUCGAGAGACCCCCGUUUCAGACGGCCUCACCGCCUCGCCACGAAAUGGCCGCGAGGCACAGCAGACGAAAACAAGGCCUGAUUAG